CCCUCACCCUUCUCUCUUCUCUCGCGCUGCAGGACGGCUCCCUGCUGGCCUCUCCCUUUCUCAAGGGGUUUCUGGCGGGCUACGUUGUAGCCAAACUCCGCUUUUCGGCAGUCCUGGGAUUUGUGGCGGGGACCUGCACGGGGAUAUAUGCUGCUCAGAACUACGCUGUUCCCAAUGUUGAAAAGACAAUCCGGGACUAUUUCAAUUCUCUGAAAAAAGGCCGGGACUAGAAGGGAGCCCUUUGGCGGAGGUGACUCUCUGGAAGCAGCUCUUCUUGGUUAGACAGCAGGAGCAGAAGGCUCCUAGGGCUUUCGGGGACAGCAGUCACAUACUCCAUUCUUUUCCACUGGAAAAAUGCUUUAUAGCAGUUAUGAGACAUCAGCCAGUCUGAUUCUGGGAUAUUUAUUAGAGUAUCGUGAGAGAGGUGAUUGCCCUGUUAACCUAUCAUAGCUUGGAAGCGUCAGCAGCCGAGUGUUUGCCAGCUGCCUUUUCCCCUCACCUCUCCCCCUGUUCCCCUGUGGAGUGAAAGGCUGUCAUCGUGUUCACCACCCAUGCGCUUUUCCAUCCAGUGAUCGCUGUGCCCAAGGAACGUGCUUUGUGUGGCUUCCUGGGAAGGCCUGAAGCUCCCUCCUGAACGAAGAAUAAAACUGUUCCCUUCCACUGCACUAGAAAUGUAACGGCUAACACGUCUUAAUCGGGCUCAUUAAAUUCAUGGUAUUUGAUCUCUUCUUGAAUGUUCUAGGGUGCAAGUCUGUCUGGCCUCCCUGCCCUGGCAGCAGCUUGCCCUGGCAGCAGCUUACCCUUGCUGGCUGACACCUGAAGAUGGUAACAUUGUCUGGUAAUGCUGCUCGCUUUCUGUUCAGUCCUGCCAACUGGGUGCUUCGGAAAGGGCUGUGGGGACUGAUGCUGAUCUUGUCUGUAGCCAUAUAUGGCUCUCACGCUCCCCUCCUAAAUCUGUGUAAGGUGGAUGGGAAGAUCCCCUUCAGCUCCUCGUCCGUUGUGGUUCUUAUCGAGCUGACGAAGCUGGUGUUCUCCUUCCUGUUCCUUCUGAUCUGGGACCGAAAGCUGCUGGGCGGCACUGUGUCAUGGUAUCAUGUUGCCCCCUUUGCCCUCUCUGCCCUGCUCUAUGCUGCAAACAACAACCUGGUGGUUCACAUGCAGCUCUUCAUGGAUCCCAGCACUUACCAGGUCCUGAGUAACUUAAAGAUUGUCAGCACGGCGCUCCUCUACAGCCUCUUCCUGCGCCAAAGACUCUGCAUGCGUUUGUCUGCUGUCUAUACAGAAGCUAUUCUGAAAGCCCAGGCUCUACCUCUCAGCCUCCAGAACCUCUUCCUCUACUUCUUUGGGGUCCUGCUCAAUGUGACUGGCCACUUCUGGAGCAGCACAGAGGGAGGUUUCCUGGAGGGCUUCUCCUCCUGGGUGCUGGUCAUCGUGGUUAGCCAGGCUUUGAAUGGCUUGAUCAUGUCUGUGGUCAUGAAGCACAGCAGUAACAUCACCAGGCUCUUUGUGAUCUCCUGCUCAAUCCUGGUCAACGCUCUCCUGUCCGUCACCCUCUUUGACCUGCAGCUCACCCUCUUCUUCUUCGUUGCUGUCGCAAGUAUUGGCCUUGCUGUUCACUUGUACUAUGGGGUCACGUAGCUGCUACCUUCCCGCCCUGCGUGCAGCACCAGGGCAGCCUUUAGUCAUUAUUCUCGAGUGUCAUUGCCGUACUGGGGCUGGCUUAUAUUAGAAGCAUAGCGCUGCUCAGACUGUCAGCCUCCCUGCCCUUCUGUGCGCAUGCGAGGAGGUAGGGCAGCUGAAUGC